AUUGCGCUCCUGUGCCAUACUGGUAAUUAUGUCACCUGGUACAAGAAAAAGAGAUGCGAUGUCAAGAGCUUCGAUUUUUAGCCAGCACAGAGCUCAGAUCUCAAUCCAAUCGAGCAUCUUUGGGCUUAUCUUGCGCAUAAUCUUCGUAGCAAACGUGGCGAACUGGCAGAUGUGGCCCAACUCGAAGCGUUUGUCCACAAAACCUGGUUGGAGAUCUCCCCUCUUCUUCUGGAAAAAUUUAGUUUCCAGUAGGCCCGAAACAACGAGAGUUUCCGCUCCAGUCAGUCCAAGUUCUUGACGUCCUGGGCUAUUCUCGUGAAAUACGUCCACGAGAACAUAUACAAAGGUCAUUAUCGCAUGCGUGGAGGUUACCGACAAUGAUGAAGUUCGAAAGUUCCUUGACGCCCCGUUAUGUUUCCGCACCCGAGAUUGCAGGAGAACUUUCGGCUAUUCCGUGCACAAGGAAUUCCCUGCUCAUCAACCUAGCAAUCCACCUACCAGAUUCUGAAGUUAUAUACUUCAACGAAGGUGCAGAUGCGGAAACUGUUUUUAACUCAACCAAAUGCACUACCCUCACUGCAUGGUUCGAGCUUAAUCGUGAAGAUCCAGCGAUUCGCCAAUACUUAUACAUUGAGAUCCCUAUUAUAUGGGGUGGGAAUAAGCGAAAUAGGCGAUGGAUCCACAGACAGAGGAGGGUUCAGUUCAAGUUCUUGACAUCCAGGUCUAUUCUCACCCCUAAAAAUUGACGACGUCGCUGCGAUAAAUGACCCAUUUAUCAGAUCCUUUCCUGGUGAAAUCGGGUAGACCUUCUCAGCCGCGACGUUUUAUAUGACGAAGACGAAAGACCUGAACUGGUAUAUCAGUCUUAGCCACGAUGAAAAGAGGGAUUGGGUAUGCUUGAAACGAUUAUUUCUGAUAUAAAACGGAUGAGAGUCGAUCUCUAUACCCACCCGAAUUCUUAAAUGCCGAGGCCGACGAAGGAUGUGGUUCCCGUUCCAUGGUAUAGAAGAUUCUUCUAACUUAACCCACCCUUACGACCACAAAAAAACCUAUAGAUAAACAAAGAAUAGCAUAGACAGAUAUGAAGUUACCCAGAUUAGAAAAACUUUUCAUUAUUUUUAGGUCUACGACCAAUAAAGCGUAGCUCAGGAAGAGUUA